AUGGUCAAGACAAGGGACGGCGUUUCUUCUGGGAAAUGCAGUUGCGAUAAGUGCAGGCCGACGAAAAAGCCCGUAAGAUACAGAUUCAACUUCCUGAAGCACAUGAACCUUCGCCACGGAAACUACGAGACUAUCACUUCAAUUUCAUAUUUGACAGAGAAGUACGGCGAGAAGCGCGCGGAAAACAUUUUCCGUUUUGUUAAGUGCAUUCACAAACAAAUCAAUAGUGGAGUCAAUAGGAUCAGCGAUCUGCAAGCUAGCAGUAUCCUUCCGUGGACUAGGGUAAGACUUUUUCUGCUCUUAGUGACACUCUCACAGAGAGGUGGCUCGGACUAUUGGAUGGAAAAAGAUGGUGAAGUCAGAGACCCACCUAAAUUAAAAGUUAAGGAGAAAGAUGUUAGUAGGGUAGAUUCUGAGGAACCCAAACCUUAUGGCACGCUAAUAGAAGAGGUUAUGCGACAGAACAUCAACGAAAACUUUAACGAAUCUGAGCAUGAUGAAAAUUACGUUUUUAGCUCAAUUUGGGCUAACUUCAUGGAAGGUCUAAUUAAUCACUUUUUGGAGAAAGUAAUCAUACCAAAUAGCGAGAAGAAAGUGUGCCAGCAACUGUACAAACCAAUGAUGAAGAUAAUUUCACUUUACAACGAAUAUAACGAGCUCAUGGAAAAAAGUGAGCGGAAUGGGUUUUUGCCAGCCAAUCAGGAUCCAUCUGCUUCAAUAAAUUCAGAUGUAGAGAACUGUGUCGAGAAUGGAAAACUACAGACAGCUCAGAGGCUUCUAUGGCAGGCUCGCCAGGAUAUUCCGAAAACUAUCAGCAAGGAGUUGACGCUCUUGUCGGAGAUGUACGCCACUUUGUCUGCAGAUGAACAAGACUUCGAGUUGGAUGAGUUUGUGUGCAGCGCAGAAGAGUAUAUUGAACUUGAAUAUUUACCGUGCCUGAUAGAUGUCCUCUUUGAUAAUUGCGGGACUAUUUACUUUUGGAAAAUUAUGAUCGUGCUGGAACCAUUCUUUUACUAUAUCGAAGAAGUUGUAGACGAGGAUAGUGCUAGUUUGCAGGAAGAAUCGGCCAAACCGGAUCCAAGAGUCGUAACAUUGGAGAAAAUUUGUCAAGUUGCUGCAGAACAAGAUUGGAUAUAA